AUGACCGGCAUAUUUGGCAAUAUAUGGGUCGUUUGUUCAGUAGCCAGAAGUCGAAAGCCAAAAUCCCUGAUGUCUCGAAGUUCGCCAUCAGAUCGGUUGCGAGCCUACAUUUCAGUCCUAGCAGUAAUUGAUUUGACAGUUUUAAUGGCUCUUCUAGUCAGAUCACUCUAUCAUUUUUUACCACAUUUUAUGCUCGAUUCAAACAGUUGUCGAGCAAUGUUUGUACUUGAGAACAGUGUAAAAAUCACUUCACUUACAGUACUUUCAUGCAUUUCAAUAGAAAGAUAUAUUACAAUACGAAAACCUUUUUGUAGUGAGGUUCGCCGUCAAUUCGUGAAUGCCACUCCAAUCGGAGCAUCUAUAUUUGUUGGCCUCGUAAUUGGUGCAAUUAUAGUUCAAAUCAAUUCGGUUACUGUAUCAACGGACGGAAUGAAUUGUGUUCGAUCGUAUCGUGGAAAAGCGAUUCCACGUGUGGCUGCUUACUUAACUGCUGUCGCUUUUCUUGUGGAUCUCACUAUUAUUUCUUUGAAUUAUUCUCAAAUAGUGAGGCAUGUCAGAAGGAAAUUCACGAAAAGAAGAGCUAGAGUACAAGCAAAUUCUCGAGUGCGUGAAUCUCUUGUGAACGAACCACGAUACAUGAGAGAGAUGACAGCUGCAAUUGUCCGAGUUGGCGUAUUUCAUGUUGUCUGCUGGUUGCCAAUGUCACUGAUGCAGUUUAUUCCUGACAAUACGAUCCAAUCAGAACUGACAGCUGGCAUUCGAUUAUUCAGUAACUUCCGUGAUUUUAGUUUCACUCGUUGGUUAAUCUUCAUUGCCACCUGGCUUACUUCUACAAAUGCCGCUGGCGACUGGAUUUUCUACGCAGUCAUGAAUCGAGACCUUCGAAAUCUUAUUAGAUUCGCUACCGAACGGCGGAAACGAUCAACAAUGUCUCAUGCGGCAUCUCCAUCAACGAAUCGAAGUCUUCGACAACAAGUACCUCCAUCAAUGAAAGUUCUUCAUUCAAUUUCAUAUCGAAGUUCGAUUGGAGGAUCAAUGGAUGAUGCAGCUGGAGCAUCUUUUCUUCAAAGUUCUCCAAAAGAAUCUACAGUUUCCCAAGAACCGAAUAGUCCGUUUGGAGUCCGAGCGAAGAUUAGCAUUCUGACGAGAAAGGAAUCGGACGGCGAUAUGGUCUGA